CUGCUCUGACAAUUCCUCCUAUAUAAGACAAGCCACCCUAUUUGCACCAGUACACUCCUUCCAAGUGUUCUCUGCACAUUGCUCUCUCUCAGCAAGUCAGCAUAGAUGGAGUACUACAGGAUGCUCGCAACGCUGGCCUUCCUGGUAGCGGCGUCCUGCAGCUUGGCGCCGGUGGCGAAGGCCGGCUGGAGCCAGGGGACGGCGACGUUCUACGGCGGCGCCGACGCGUCCGGGACGAUGGGCGGCGCGUGCGGGUACGGGAACCUGUACAGCACGGGGUACGGCACGGCCACGGCGGCGCUGAGCACGGCGCUGUUCAACGACGGGGCCUCCUGCGGGCAGUGCUACCUGGUGAUGUGCGACGGGUCAAAGUCCAACUGGUGCAAGGGCAACGGCGCCACGGUGACCAUCACGGCCACCAACCUCUGCCCGCCCAACUGGGCCCUCCCCAACGACAACGGCGGCUGGUGCAACCCUCCCCGGCCCCACUUCGACAUGGCCCAGCCCGCCUGGCUCCAGAUCGGCGUCUACAAGGCCGGCAUCAUCCCCGUCCUCUACCAGCAGGUGAGGUGCUGGAAGCAGGGAGGGAUCAGGUUCAUGAUCGGAGGCUUCAACAGCUUCGAGCUCGUGCUGAUCACCAACGUGGGCGGGCCGGGCUCGAUCAGGGCCGUGUCGAUCAAGGGCGAGAGGACGGACUGGAUCCAGCUGACAAGGAACUGGGGCGCCAACUGGCAGUGCACGGCGGCGCUGGCCGGGCAGGCGCUCUCCUUCGCUGUCACCUCCACCAACGGCGAGACGCUCUACAUGUACAACGUCGCGCCGUCGUGGUGGCAGUUCGGCACCACCUUCACCAGCAACAACCAGUUCAGCUAUUAAUUAAUUAACCAAUUAAGUACAGUAAUUCAUUGGCGAUCGAAUUCGUCUGCGAGCAAGCAGUACACGAAUCGGUCGAUUUCAAUCUGGAGAAAUAUUUCGUUCUUUUUUGUAACAUGUACGUACAUGCAUCCUUAUGCUAGGUAAAGAAAUAUGUAACAUAUAUUAUUAUAUGAGCUCAGAUGUUGCUUGCUGGGA